CUUCCCGUUUCAUUCGCAGUUGGUCCGUCAGCCCAUGCGAUCUGUUUCUGGUUCCAGCGGCAGCAAAUCGCGUCGGCAUCUGGAAACAUUCCUCUGAAUAGCAAGUGACAUUGUGCUUCGGUGUUGCGAGGAGUUCUUAAUAAGUCGUCUCAAAGUCAAACUCAAUUGUCAAUUUAAGUGUGCAGUGUGGAACGUAAAUCUAAGCAAACUGGAUACAUUAGGGUUCAAAUAUUUCCAUCAACGGAAAAUGGGCACAGCGGGCGACCGCCUGUUGGAUAUUCCUUGCAAGGUGUGUGGCGAUCGCAGCUCCGGCAAGCACUAUGGAAUCUACAGUUGCGAUGGCUGCUCGGGCUUUUUCAAGCGGAGCAUCCAUCGAAAUCGCAUUUACACCUGUAAAGCUACCGGCGAUCUCAAGGGUCGGUGUCCUGUGGACAAGACCCAUCGCAAUCAGUGUCGCGCGUGUCGUCUGGCCAAAUGCUUUCAAUCAGCUAUGAACAAGGAUGCUGUUCAGCACGAGCGAGGUCCAAGGAAACCAAAGCUGCAUCCGCAACUGCACCAUCACCACCACCAUGCUGCGGCCGCAGCCGCGGCUGCCCACCACGCAGCAGCCGCCCACCAUCACCACCACCACCACCACCAUGCCCACGCCCACGCAGCGGCCGCCCACCACGCUGCCGCCGCCGCAGCGGCUGCCGCUGGCCUGCACCACCACCACCAUGGCGGCCACCUGCCCGUCUCCCUGGUGACGAACGUCUCGGCCUCGUUUAACUACACGCAGCACAUCUCCACCCAUCCGCCCGCGCCGCCCGCUCCGCCAGGUGGCUUCCAGGGGCCAGCCCCGCCCACUGGCCAUCUGCACCACGCCGGUGCUGGACAUCACGGCCCGGCGUUCCAGCAUCCUGGUCCAGCGGGACAUCCCGGACACUCACUGCCGACCCCACAUGCCGCCCUGGCCAGCAGUUCGGGCGGAAACGGAAGCUCGAUCUCGAGCGGCGGAUCCGUGGUGGGCGGUCCCUCGAUGCCCUUCUCCUCGCACUUGCUGCACCACAACCUGAUAGCGGAGGCGGCCAGCAAGCUGCCGGGGAUUACGGCCACAGCCGUGGCGGCCGUGGUCUCGUCCACCACCACGCCGUUCUCUUCGGCGGCACAGGCGGCAUCGCCCGGCAGCAACAACCACAACUACUCGCCUUCGCCCAGCAACUCCAUUCAGUCGAUCUCGAGCAUAGGAUCGCGCAGUGUCGGCGGCGAGGAGGGACUCAGCCUGGGCAGCGAGAGUCCGCGGGUGAACGUGGAUACGGAGACGCCUUCGCCGUCGGCCUCGCCGGCCUUGAGUGCCGGCAGCAUUUCGCCGGCUCCCACGCUGACCACCUCUUCGGGAUCUCCACAGCCCCGCCAGAUGUCGCGGCACAGUCUCAGCGAGGCCACCACGCCCCCCAGUCACGCCUCCCUGCUGAUCCGCACCAGCAACAACAACAACAAUGGGGAGCACAAGCAGUCGAGCUACACAUCCGGAUCGCCGACGCCCACCACGCCCACGCCACCGCCCCUUCGGCCGGGGGGAGGUGCCUCCUGCCCCACGGGCACGAGCUCCAGCGGAUUCCUGGAGCUGCUGCUGAGCCCGGACAAGUGCCAGGAGCUCAUCCAGUACCAGGUGCAGCACAACACACUGCUCUUCCCGCAGCAGCUGCUGGACUCGCGACUGCUCUCCUGGGAGAUGCUGCAGGAGACGACGGCGCGCCUGCUCUUCAUGGCGGUGCGCUGGGUCAAGUGCCUCAUGCCUUUCCAGACGCUCUCCAAGAACGACCAGCACUUGCUGCUCCAGGAGUCUUGGAAGGAGCUCUUCCUGCUCAACCUUGCACAGUGGACUAUUCCCCUGGACCUGACGCCCAUCCUGGAAUCGCCCCUCAUACGGGAGAGGGUGCUGCAGGACGAAGCCACGCAGACGGAGAUGAAGACGAUCCAGGAGAUCCUGUGCCGCUUCCGCCAGAUCACCCCCGAUGGCAGCGAGGUGGGCUGCAUGAAGGCGAUCGCCCUGUUUGCCCCGGAGACCGCCGGCCUGUGCGACGUGCAGCCGGUGGAGAUGCUGCAGGACCAGGCGCAGUGCAUCCUGUCCGACCACGUGCGUCUGCGCUACCCCCGCCAGGCGACCCGCUUCGGAAGGCUGCUGCUCCUGCUGCCGUCGCUCCGAACCAUCCGGGCCGCCACCAUCGAGGCGCUCUUCUUCAAGGAAACCAUCGGCAACGUGCCCAUUGCGCGGCUGCUGCGUGACAUGUACACUAUGGAGCCGGCGCAGGUGGACAAGUGAACCGGUCCCGAAAAGUAAUCAAAAUCGAUUCAGUAGCACCUAACCUGCAAAAAUAUUUGUACACCAAUGCGACCCGAAAAGUAUUCAGAUUCACUGCGGAGCGAAAUGGAAAAGUGGAAAAAUGGAAAAAUGGAGUGAACUUGCCAGCUCGCCCGGGCAGCAACUGCAGAUGCGGCCGUUCGCAGGAGCCAUGUAAUAUAUAUAAAUGUACAAUCCGCGCCCUUCAUUGGCGCUCCGCUGCCGCCGCCCACGUUCCCACACCUUGAUUUAUCGCCAGCAAUGCGUCGCGCUCGCUUUACUUUCGUUCCAUUUUCUAACAUUUUUAUUCCCGUUUUAUUUCAUCUUUUUGGCAGGGUUUUUUCUUUUUGACUGCCUGUGCGGCGCUCUGUAUUUAUCUUUCAUUCGACGUUUUGUCGUCGCUUUUCUAAAAAUUCCCCAUGUUAUUUCAACCUGGCAAGGACCUCCAUUCCCAUCGCCAUUCCCAUCCUCAUUCCCAUGCCCUUGCUUACAAAUCACUCCCCUUUCUGCGGUAUCGAAAUCGUUGUCGCAGAUAUGUUGACUUUUUUCACGCUUUGGCUUUGAAAUACCCUUUAAUAUGGCAAAUAAAUUAAGUUUAACUCAGCUUUUAAAAGAUUUGAUUAAUCAAUAUUCUUGUUUAGCAAGAUUGUCAUCAAUAUUAUCUUUCUUCAGGAAGAAAACGACCAUCCUUCCCCUAGCAUUGAAACCGAUCGUUGUUGCAACAUGGCCUGCCAAUUAUGAUUAUGUAAUUGAGUAUUUUCAAUCAUACAAACCAAAUUUUGCCAGAGCCCGUUCUGACCAAGACUCCAUAUAUCAUCAUAAAUACAGUAACAAUUAACUACUAUUCCACAUACACGCAAUUAUGGCUAAAAGCAUCGAAUAUCUACAAAUUUACACGAUCGUUCCAAGUCUGAUAAUGCGUUAUUGAAACCCAUGUGAGGGCUUAAAUAAAAUUAGAAAAAUAUUUUGCUAUUUAGCCUUUUCAAUAUUUCGGCGCAUUUUCGGAUACUGUCUCAUACUAAAGGGUAUUUAAAAUCGUUAUAAGGCCGGUCAUAUCUGAAAAUCUGUCCACUGUCAAGAUUUAAUAUGACUGCCCUUUAUGCAGGAACGUUUUUUAUACCCUCCUACCUCUUUUUCUCAAUUUCCUUUUUUCCUUAUGGGGUAACAUUCCUGAUAGCACGUUUAGUAAUCGUGAAAAUGAAAAAUCAACUUUGCCGCAGGUCAAACGACCAAAUUUAUGUUGCAUGUUAUGCCUCACUGUUACUGUUGUCUCGUUGGUUGCGUCUCUGGCUUGAUGUUUCAGUUAGUUUUAUCUAAUGCAUAUCUAUAUACAAAUGCAUCGAUAAAAAUGGACAUGUAUGCAUCUGCAAUGCGCAUUGAUAAAGUCU